UGUCGCACAAUUUGAAUUCUUGUAGUUUAGUUGUAGACUUUUGGAAUAUGGAAUGUAAUGUUACAGUUCAAUAAUGUUAUUUUCAGUAUAGCUAUGGCGAGUUGCAAAACAUUUCGGUGUAUUUAGGUUUGCUGUCAUUGUACCGUUGCUCUGACACCUGCAAGUACCAUUAGGAAAAACUUGUAUCUGUCAGUCAUUUGGCUAACUAACGUUAGCUAGCUGCCAGCGUAAUAUUAGUUAGCCCAUUACCUGCGUGAGCUAGCAAGCGACACCAGUUUGGUUACCUUUAAAGCUGGUCAUCCAGCCAGCUACCAACUAAUAAUUGUGAGGACGGUUGUGAGGAGAUAAACGAGGUCGGUCAGGAUAUUUCCCACAUAAGGAUUGGGUCACCACCCCCUGUCACACAGCCAUGGCUGACUGCAGCAUAGUCACUAUAGGGACCACUCGUAGCCUGCUGGUUGACUUCUCUGUGAAUGACUCCAGAAUGGCAGAGACCUCUAAGGAGCACACUUUCCUGGGCCUACCGGACGAUAUGGAUGACAUGCCUCGGGUGGAGACCAGGAUUGUUCUAGUGGGAGAAACCGGCAACAAUCCAGCUAUUGUGAAAGCACUUCAGGACAUCAAAAUAAUGGAAGUCCCAGUGGUAAAGAUUAAAGAAGGUGUCCCAGGCUCAGAGGCAGGCGAGAAAUUGAUAAAAUCUAUUGUAAAUAUGGACAUCAACAAGCCCUGCAUCAAGACCAACAAUGUCAAAGAGUUUGGUGACGGGGAGAACGCCGAGUUUGAGACAGUGUUUGUGCUGGCUGACUUCAAGUCUCCAGACUACGACUAUCUGUACAAGAAUGACAACCGCAUCGUGGGACCCCCUGUGGUGCUGCACUGUGCAGCCAGAGAGGAGCCCCUUCCGUUCUCCUGUCGGCCGCUCUACUCCACCACCAUGCUCAACCUUUCGUUGUGUUUCACGGGCUUCCGCAAGAAAGAGGAAGUGGUCAACCUUGUCAAUCUGGUUCACCACAUGGGCGGCACCAUCCGCAAAGACUUCAGCGCCAAAGUCACCCACCUCGUAGCACACUCGACUCAUGGAGAAAAAUACAGGCUGGCCGUCUGCAUGGGCACCCCCAUCCUCACCCCAGAUUGGAUCCGCAAGGCCUGGGAGCGGAGGGACGACAUUAAUUUCCAUGCUGGGGACGAGAGCUUCCGCACUGAAUUCAAAGUGCCACCCUUCCAGGACUGUGUCCUUAGCUUUCUGGGCUUCACAGAAGAGGACAAAGCCAAUAUGGAGGAGAGGACACUCAAACAUGGUGGCCACUACCUGGAAGUUGGGAAUGAGAAGUGCACUCACAUGGUGGUGGAGGAGAACUCCAUUAAGGAGCUGCCCUUCCCUCCAUCCAAAAGACUUUACGUCGUCAAACAGGAGUGGUUUUGGGGGAGUAUACAGAUGGAUGCCCGAGCGGGAGAGUCCAUGUACUCUUAUGAAAAGGCGGAGAGCCCGGCGAUGAAGAAGACGUGCUCGCUGCUCUCCCUCAACACGCCCAACAGCAACCGCAAGCGCCGGCGGCUGCGCGACACCCUGGCCCAGCUCACCAAGGAGACGGAGAUCUCGCCCUUCCCGCCGCUCAAGCGGCCCUCGGCCGAGCACUCGCUCUCCAUGGGCUCCCUGCUGGACAUCUCCAACACGCCCGAGACCUGCAAGACCCUGGGAGAGUGCAGAGUAGGGGGCAGGUGCAGGCCAGGCCGCAGUGAGCCGCUCCGCCAGCAGAGGAAGAGGAGGAGCAGCGGCACGAUGAAGAUUAGCCGAGAGGCUGGCAGGGCUAGGCAGGCAGACAGGAGGCAGACCGAGUGCUGGACGGCCUUCCAGCGCACCAGCACCCCCCAAAGGCUGGAGCCGGGGGCCCCCGAACCCCCUGAGCCUCCGCUGGACAUGGAGCUCCAGCCCGACAGCCCUCUGGGAUGUGCGGGAGUUGGCAGCGACAGGCAGGCAGCACCAGAGAUGGCUAAGCCGUCGAAGAGCUCCACGCCCGCCCUGCCCAAGCAGUCUGCCAGGUGGCAGGUGUCCAAGGAGCUGUACCAGACAGAGAGCAACUACGUGGGCAUCCUGGAUACAGUGCUCCAGCUGUUCAAGGACCCCCUGGAGAAGGAAGGACAGGUGGGAGGCCCCAUCCUGGCGCAAGAGGAGAUCAAGACCAUCUUUGGCAGCAUCCCAGAGAUCUAUGACGUGCACACCAGGAUAAAGGCGGACCUGGAGGAGCUGGUGAUGAACUGGUCGGACGACAAAAGUGUCGGUGACAUUAUCCUGAAAUAUUCUAAAGAGCUUGUUAAGGCCUAUCCACCGUUUGUCAACUUCUUUGAGAUGAGCAAGGAGACCAUUGUGCACUGUGAGAGACAGAAACCCCGCUUCCAUGCUUUCCUCAAGAUCAAUCAGGCCAAGCCCGAAUGUGGGCGGCAGACGCUCGUGGAGCUGCUGAUUCGUCCUGUGCAGAGGCUGCCCAGUGUGGCUCUCCUGCUCAACGACAUAAAGAAGCACACAUCUGAGGAUAACCCGGACAAAAUCACUUUGGAGAAGGCCAUAGAGUCACUCAAAGAAGUUAUGACGCACAUAAAUGAAGAUAAGAGGAAAACAGAAGGUCAGAAGCAAAUCUUUGAUGUUGUCUAUGAGGUGGAUGGAUGUCCGGCCAACCUACUGUCUUCUCACCGGAGUCUGGUGCACAGGGUGGAGACCAUUGCUCUGGGAGACAAGCCGUGCGAUCGCGGGGAGCACGUCACCCUCUUUCUCUUCAGCGACUGCCUGGAGAUUGCGCGGAAGCGGCACAAGGUCAUCAACACGUUCCGGAGUCCUCUGGGUCAGACGCGCCCACCUGCUCAGCUCAAGCACAUUGCCCUCAUGCCUCUGUCUCAAAUCAGACGGGUGCUGGACCUACAGGAGACAGAAGAGUGUCAGAAUGCCUUUGCGCUGGUAGUGCGCCCCCCUACUGAGCAGGAGAACCUGUUGUUCAGCUUCCAGCUGACGGCUGAGGACACACACAAGUCGGUGUGGCUCAAGACCCUCUGCCGCCAAGUGGCCAACACCAUCUGCAGGGCCGACGCAGAGGACCUCAUCCAGUGCACCGAUCCCGACUCCCUCCAAGUAAGCACCAAAGAUAUGGACAGCACACUGAGCAGAGCCUCCAGGGCCAUCAAGAAGACAUCAAAGAAGGUCACCCGGGCCUUCUCCCUGACCAAGACCCCCAAGCGUGUGAUCCAGAGGGCCUUCAUGGUCAGCAGCACUCCAGACAAGAGUCCCGGCCUGGCGUCCGAACACAUGAGCCGUGCCGGGAGCACCUCCACCCUGGCUGCUGUCCACUCUCCAUCUAUGGUGAACUUGCAUUCCAUGUUUGAGAGGAAGUACCACACCUUCAGCCGCUCGUCAACACACCUCAUUUAAUACUACUUGCCUGGAUUCCAGUGGGUCCUUAAGCUCUAAGAAAGUACUUACCAUUAACUAAUCCUCAGAGGUACAGCAAAUAUCUUCCACACUUUCAAGUGUAUCUUAACAAAAGCUUGGACAAAUAUUGUCUGGCUUAAAACAUGAAGGAUAAUUUUUGUGCAUUUGUUUCACUUAUCUGUUAUUAAACGUUUCAGGCACAUUUAAUUAACACGCAUAGAUAUGCAGUAACUGACCAAUUGAUAUAUUUUGUCUUCAUAGAGGGAUGUAGUGGUUUUCCUUAAUUAUUAACAAAUGAAAGUAUUCAUAACAUUUAAUGGGAACAAGCCUGUUGGUUUCGGUUACCUUAUCUUUCAGCUUUUAUAAAGCUAUUAUGUAUUUUACUUUUAUUACCAGUGAUCAGGAUUAGGGGGAAAUGAGUCACUCAAGAAUAGGCAUUCAUUCAUUCGUUUUGUGUAUGUUUUAAACCUGAUUUUAUGUUUGUUUUAUGUCUAUUUGAGUUUGUUUUAUGUCUAUUGUUUAUGUGUCUUUUGUGUAGCCUUACAUAUUUAUACAUCAAAAUCAUUUAUAUAAAUAGCCUAUUUGAAUGUUCCUCAGCAGUCCUCUUUUUCUAUUUAUGUAGUAUGCGUGUGUAUUCCUUUGUUUUUGUUUUUCUCUUUGUGCUCUCAGUGGCUCUACACUAUAUUUGCUGUCAACCCUUCUUAUCUUUAUCCUUUUUCUCUAAAGAAAAUAUGAGCAGGGUUCAUUCCUGUAAAUCAAUGCAAGUCACACACGCACACACAGGGCUGUGACUUAAAGAUAAUGACUUUCUACUUUUAAAUAUGAUUUCACUUGCUUUAUUUCAAUAAAAGAAGCAAAACUCAAUUAGUCAUUA